AAGAAAAGUAGAAAAAUAAAAUAAAAUAAAAUAAAGAAAGCAGAAGGUUCCAUCUCAGCUCGAUCCCACACCACACCCACUGUCCAGCCCGACCUUAAUGAACCCCACCCCAGGAUCAGAGACCACGCGUCAUUCUCAAACUGCGUCCGUAUAUUCUUCUCAAGACUCUUGCAAUUUCCACUUUCCAGACAGGGAAAGGGUAUAUCUUCUAUUACAAAAACAAUAACAAAAAAACACACAUACAUACACACUGGGUUCUGCAUAUAGCAAGCUAGCAAUAAAGCUGUUAACUGGGGCUAGGGUUUGUGUUUUGUGGUUGGAGGUUGAGCAGAGCAGAGAUGGGGCGGCGCAGGGUGGAGCUGAGGCCAAUCCAGGACAAGCAUAAACGACAAAUCACCUUCUCGAAGCGCCGACAAGGACUGAUGAAGAAAGCUCAAGAACUCUCCGUCCUCUGCGACGUCGACGUCGCCCUCGCCGUCUUUACCAGCGGUUGCCGUGCUUAUAAGUUCUCCGGCGGCAACAGUUUCAAUACGAUCCUUGAACGCUACCGGACUCAUGUAGAGGCAAAUUCUGGCAACAGCAACGAUCAUCAACCUGAGAAGCAUCAGCAAGAAUGUAGAACUCCAUGUGAAAACAAUAACAUACUGCCAUCAGUGCAAAGGUUUUUUGAAUCUCAAGCUGUAGAACAACUGGACAUUAGUCUCCUUUCGCGUCUAGAACACUUUCUAGAUGCCAAACUUGCACAAACUAGAAGCAGAAAGACACAAUUGAUGAUGGAAUCCUUAGCAGCCCUCCAUGAAAAGGAAAGGAGGCUAAGAGAAGAAGAAAAGUUGAUAAGUGAAAUGAUAAAUGAAAUGCAGACUGAAGGCAUGAUCAAUGGAGAAGACAAUCAGGAACCAACGGUAGAGCUUUACAAUCAAUGGGCUAAUAACAACAAUUAUCCUUCUGAUUAAGAGGCAAUGCUUGAUUGCUUCCGCAAACCAUCUCUCAAACCUAAUAAAAAUAAAUAAUUAAAUAAAUAAGCAUUUGCAUAUUACUUGGCAGGUAAGUGCAUGUACACCCUCUUCGCCAAUUGACACUUCCAUUAGAGUGAUCUUGGGGUGAUCACUGUAUUGUAUUUCAGAAAGGGAUAUGUAGACAUAAUUUUCACAUAGAUACCCAUUUUCUAAGAUCCAAUGAUCUGAAAUGAUUGGUCAUGAUUGAUAUAAUUGGUUAAUGAUUAGUAAAGAUA